GACCCAAGGAAGUUCCGUUCACCGUCUUAAACUAUCCUUACUUCGCGGAAACAAAUACCGGUUGUCUUAAAAUAGCACUAUGGCUUCGCGGAAUUUGUUAUUGCCCUUUUGCUUCACGGAGCCAGCGUUCCCAGCUAAUUGUGUAUAAAACCAAAGCCUCACGCCACCAAAGCGUAGUAUGAGCAAGAAACAGAAUACACUCUUAGCGAAAGAAAAGAAGAGAGAGAGAACGUCCUGUUGCCGAAAGCCAGAUUCUUCACCAACUGAACGUGAAUUAUUGACUGAACUCUGAACCAGUUUAUUUCAAUUAUAAUAACAUUAACGAGUCUUUAGUAGAGGCCUAUAUAUCUGCCGAAAUAUGUCUUCUCCUGUUGAUGUACCGAUGCCUCCUUGUGGACCCCUGGAGGUAGUGUUCUCCUUCGACACCACCGGCUCCAUGUACGGCUAUUUAGACCAAGUCUGUGGACGACUGCAAGACAUGAUUCAACGGCUACAGGCGGACAUACCCGCCAUCAGAAUAGCCGUGUUCGCUCAUGGCGAUUACUGCGAUAACCAAACCUACGUCACCAAAUGGGAAGACUUCAGCAGUGACGUAGCAAAACUGUGUACGUUUGUCUCCAAUGUGGAGCGGACCGGAGGCGGGGAUGCCCCGGAGUGCUACGAGCUGGUGUUGAGGCAGGCUCGGACUGAGCUCUCGUGGACUCCAGGCUCUCGCCGUGCCCUCGUCCUCAUCGGCGACGACAUCCCCCACGAGGCAGAUUAUUAUCUCAACACAGACAACAUCGACUGGCGAGAGGAGGUCAGAGAGCUCGCACUAAUGAACGUCACCGUGUACGGCGUGCAGUGUGGAAAUAGGCCCUAUGCUUCGCCUUUCUACAGGACAAUCUCAACUGCCACUAAAGGGAAACGCCUGCAUCUCGAAGACAUGGGAGGGAUCUUUGACGUCAUGAUGGCGGUGUGUUACAGAGAAGGGAACGACACGGCAAAGUUCGCCAACUACGAGGAGGAGGCAAGGGCGCGUGCCGGCGUCAUGGGGCCGGAUGUUGAUGCCAUUUUUAGAUCUUUGAGAGAUGACGAUGCUCCUCGUGGAGCAGCUUCUGCGGGACCAUCAUCGGUACCCGCUCCUUCUCCUGUCAAACUGGCAGGAGCGCCGAAACCAGUGUCGUUGAAGAGAGCAGGGUCCAGUAUGGAGAAACUCACUAAGAAGAGUAGCACCCAUGCUCCAAAAGCUCCGAAAACAAUGCGUCUGAUGAAGCCAAAAACGCCCAAGAAAACGGGGGCGAGUAAGGCAGAGGCACCAACAGGACUAGAUAAAUUCAAACUGAAGAAUCUUCCUCGUCUGAAGAGGGAGAAUGUUCCAGAGACCAACUUUUGUCUUCGCUCGAUGAACUGGGCCCCCUGGGUCACCGCGUUUGUGCCGCACGUGGCAGACACCAAAAUGGUGAAAGGCGAUUGGGUGAAACGUUUCGGAAGACCCGGGUAUAGACGUACGUCACUUGCUCCGAGGCCCGGACAGGAUGCGUCGGGUCUGAGACUCUUCGAGGUUGCUGUGGAGACUUCCAACAAAAGACGACACGUCAUGUUUCCUCGUUUCUCCUCUCGCUGUUUGUCCAAUCAGAAAUGGCAGCGCUACCUGCUGAGUUCGUGGUGCCGAAGCCAAGUGGACAACGCGCUGGGCCAGGGAUGUCGAGUGGUGGUGAGGCACUGCCUGCUUCAGGGCAAAUCUCAAGCGUCCAGUGUGAAGAGGGACAUCAAGCGAUACGACUACGCAUGGAGUCAGGCGGCUGGUGGGGUGAGACAGGUGGUCAGACGGGACACUACGCUCUCACAGGUUUAGAGUGAGUGGACACCAGGGAUCCUUACUUUCUCACAGAGUGAGUGGACACCAGAGAUCCCAAUAUUCUCACAGGUGGACAUUAGAGAUCAAGUGUUCAGAUAAGACGUAUUACAUACAUGUUUAAUACUCUCACUGUAGACACCAAAGAUCACGAGAUCAGAUGAGACAUUACACUCUUGCAAGUUUAGAGUGGACAUUAGAAAUCACGUAAUCAGAUGGGACGUGACAUUCUCACACAUUUAAAGUAAAGUUUCAUCUGCCUUGUGUUCAGACCAGAUGAGAAUUUAUGAUUCAGACUUUUGUUGUUGUUGUGUGUGGUAGCCUAUCCGUUCGAAA